UGGCGGGACCUCUUUAACGACGACCCCUCUGACAUUCCCACUGCAGCCUCCGUCCAAACCACGCCCCGGCUCCUCCGCCCGGCGUGGACGACCGACGGCUCCGCCACAACCAGAACCUGCGGCUCCUGCGGACCGCGAUCAUGAGGGUCGACGACACGAGCCGACCAUGAAUCGAAUCAGUCGAUUAAUGCUGCGCUGUCUCUCCAGCUCUCGACACUGCCGCUCGGCCCAGCCGCCUCCACGUUGGCGGCCAUGGUUGUCUACAUGCCCAUCAAGGACAACCCCCGCGGGGCGACCAUUCUUGCUGUUCUCUGGUCCAUGAUCAGCCUGUCCGCUAUCUUCCUGGGACUCCGCCUCUACAGCAAGCUCGCCCGCAGCCGGCAGCUGUGGUGGGACGAUCAUAUCAUCGUCUUCUCCUGGAUCGUACUGCUCGUCAGCUGCUCCACCUCAACCGCAAAUGUGCGCCUUGGGUUGGGGCGCCAUGGUUCCGAGGUGCCGCUGGAGAACGUGGCCACGUUCAGCAUCCAGAGCAACGUUGCCGCCUUCACCUCGGUCAUCGCCGUGGCCUGCAGCAAGACGUCGUUCGCCAUCACCCUGCUGAGGCUGACCGACGGCUGGAUGAAAUGGUUCGUCAUCGCCAUCACCGUCAUCCACGACCUCGGCCAUGCCGGCACCGCCGCCUUGUUCUUGGUGUGGUGUACCCCCUGGCGCAGUCCGCCGCUUCCAGGGCAGUGCUCGCCGUCCGCUGCGGUGGUUGAUUACAGCCUGUAUGUGGGAGCCAUGUCUGCAUUCUGCGACUUCGCGCUCGCCCUGCUGCCCUGGCGGCUGCUGCUGAGAUUCAACAUGUACAACCGCGAGAAGAUCGGCGUGGCCAUCGCCAUGAGCAUGGGGGUCGUCGCCGGCAUAAGCUGCAUCGUCAAGAUGACCACGAUCCCGGUCCUCAACGAGGGCGACUUCAGCUACCACUUGCUCCCGCUCAUCCUCUGGGGCUUCAUCGAGCCCGCCCUGACCAUCGUGGCCGCCUCCAUCCCCAUGAUGCGCCACCUGUUCAAGCACCUGCACCACUCCUUCCUCUCCCGCUCCCCCUCCCUCUCCGGCGAAUCCGCCGCCUUGUCCAAUGACAACAGUAACAACCGCCCCAACAACCACAUAGGCAACGACGAUAACUGUCGACGCGGCCGGCAACCGCCUCCUAACCCCGUAGACGCCCGCGACGCGGGCACCACCAACCGCUUGGACGGCCGCGACCGCGACCGCGCCCGCUGGCAUUACAAGAGCCGGCUUCGACCGGAGCAGCAGCAGCCGGAGGACCAGCAGGGGACAGACCAGCAGCAGCAGAGGCAGGCGGUGGGGCAGGCUGGGGAGGGGAAUAGCGCGCCGUCAGGGCCGGGGACAGAAAGAGACGGGGAGAAGGAGAAGGAGAAGGAAGGGGUGUACGAGCUGGAGAGGUUUGCGGUGUUGGAUACCUAGGCAAGGGCGGGGGGGCUGAAACGCGCGGGUGAAGGGGGGCAAAGGAAGGGAACGGUGCCAAACCGUGCCUGCUUGCUGCUGCUGCAGUACGGGGUUGUAAUAAUUGGUAUUUGUAAUCGCUGGGUUUUUGGCAGGCAUGUGUCCGUUGGGCUCAUAGGGGAAGGGGGGAAAGCGUGGCGUUUGGGGGAUAAGCUACAACAGCAUCUUGUCUCUUUUCGUUUGUGGGUGAUGGGGCAGGGUCAUGGGUAGAUCCGAAGACGCUUGUGGUGAUGCCUGGGAUGCCUGGACGGUGGAUUAUAUAUGCCUUUGGGGACAGGCUACCAAUUAAUUGCUAGGUUCAGGUGUUGGGGUUUUAUACAUGUACAGUGCUUUGUUUCUGCGGCAUGUUGUUGGUUGAUUGAAUCCUCGGGUUGGAGUUGGAGCCUGCUUUGCUCUUUGGUCUGACUGACGGACUUGAGAGCUUCUGUGUAACUGAAAGAAGGGGUCACUGAGAAACCUUGUUUGAUAUUGCAAGACGUAUACACUAUCAAACAGAACUUCUUGGUUGUCGUGAAAGACGCCAAUCAAUCCU